AUGACUGGAUUCUUGCUCUUGAUAUUCAUCUCUUGCAAAAACUGCAUGACCUUGAACAACUCCACCUCAGACAUGUCGGCUUUUUCAAAUCCACAUUUUAACAACACCGUCACGCGUGCGACCAUCUUGCACUGCCUGUCUGAUGGCGUCCGCGCUGAUCAUCACAACAUCAACUUCGCUCUCCAUGCAGUAGGGCAAUGCCUUCGGCCACUCAUCCAGGUGGUUCAGAUCGACAUUUUUGAAACCAUGAGUUGCGAACCAGUCAUCCAUCUGCUCCUUGAGGUCGUCAUAGUAUGCACUGUUCAUGGCCAUGAUCCUCAUCACCACGAUGGGCCUCUUUGCUUCCUCUCGGUCCUUCUUGGCACCUCUGAACAUGAAGUCGAUGAACUGGCGCACAUCGAGUUUGCCACUUCUGUUUUUUUAGGGUUUUUUUUUUUUGCCACCCGCUUAGCUGACCUCUCUUAG